AUGUGGUCGAACGAAUCGUUGGGUUUCGGCGGCAACGACACGGCGGAUUUCACGACGGCGAACAUCACCGUGCCGGCAACGCCAGGCCUCGGGGCCAGGGCGAUUGUCGUCCCGCUGGUGUACUCCAUCAUCUGCCUGGUGGGCAUCGCCGGCAACGGGCUUGUCAUCUACCUGGUGUGGCGGCACAGGGAGAUGCGAACCGUCACCAACUACUACAUCGUGAACCUGGCGGUGACUGACCUGGCCUUUCUCAUCUGCUGUGUGCCCUUCUCAGCCGCCAAGAUUGUCAGCCACUCCUGGGAGUUUGGAGAGUUCCUCUGCAAGUUCGUCUUCUACUUCAUGCAGGUCACGGCGCAGGCCACGUGCAUGACGCUGGCGGUGCUGAGUCUGGACCGGUUCUGGGCUAUCGUCAAACCCUUCCAGACCCCCUGGUUCCGAACACCUGUAGGCGUGGGUAUUACAACAGCCAUCAUCUGGAUAGGUUCGUUCCUGUUGUCCCUCCCCAUUGCCUUCUUCAUGGAGGUCUCUGAGCGAGACUGGUACGGCCGCAAGUUCUUCUGUAUAGAGGCCGAGCUGCGGCUUCCUACGGUACUGCAGCAAAACUUCAAUGUCUUUCCUAACUAUCAGAAAUGUGUUCCUCAAGAUUCGUUUCUGCUGUCUCUUCCCAUCGCCUUCUUCGUGGAGGUCUCUGAGCGAGACUGGUACGGCCGCAAGUUCUUCUGCAUUGAGGCCGAGCUGCGGCUUCCUACGUUCCUGCUGUCCCUCCCCAUCGCCUUCUUCAUGGAGGUCUCUGAGCGGGAUUGGUACGGCCGCAAGUUCUUCUGCAUGGAGGCCGAGCUGCGGCUUCCUACGGUACUGCUGCAAAACUUGCAAUUUGUCUUUCUUAACUCUCAUGAAUGUGUUCCUCAAGGUUCGUUCCUGUUGUCCCUCCUCAUCGCCUUCUUCAUGGAGGUCUCUGAGCGGGACUGGUACGGCCGCAAGUUCUUCUGCAUGGAGGCCGAGCUGCGGCUUCCUACGGUACUGCAGCAAAAGUUCAUUUAUUUUUCUAACUGCCAUGAAUGUGUUCCUCAAGGUUCGUUCCUGUUGUCCCUCCCCAUCGCCUUCUUCAUGGAAGUCUCGGAGCAGGACUGGUACGGCCGUAAGUUCUUCUGCAUGGAGGAGUUCCCAUCGGAGGAUGAGUACCGGGUCUACAUCAUCUACACCGUCCUGAUCAGCUACGUCAUCCCCCUGACCACCAGCGUGGUGAGCCACUGCCUCAUUCUCCGUUACCUGGCAACCAUGGCCGGAAACACGUCAGUCGCGCAGCAGCACGUCCUGGCCAGGAAAAAGCGGGUGACGCGUAUGGUGGCCACAGUUGUGAUCCUGUUCGCCCUGUGCUGGGCCCCGAACCACGCUGCGAACCUCUGGUGGUCCUUCAAACGGGCGGACCUGUCCGGCGGGUUCGGUCCCGUGGUCAUGUGGCUCAAGAUCGCCGCCCUGUGCCUCAGCUACGCCAACUCCUGCGUCAACCCCUUCGUCUAUGGCAUCAUGGGGGACAGCUUCAGGAAGGCCUUCAACAAGUCGUUCCGAGAGGGGAACUCCUACACGGCGGGCUCGGCCGUCGGACCCAGGAUGGCCAAAAACACGAAGGAGGAGAUCGGUAUGAUGAAGUUGGGGCUAGGGGCCGGGGAAACCGGCGUGGAUAAGCUCACUCCCGUGAGUUCUGGUCCGAACGGCGAGAUCAACAUAGAAGAUAAUCAGGUGUAA